UCGUGAAACGGUAUACGUAAGAUAUCAGAAGUACCACCUUGCUGAUUCAGAUUCCGUGAACAAAGAUGGUUCUGAUUGCACCGGCUCUAUUCGUGAAUCACGGAGGCGGUGCCCGACCACUGCUGGGCGACAAAGACCACGCCAAACUAAUAGAAUUCUUUACGAACGACGUGAAAAAGCUCGUAAAUUUAAAAGCACUGAAAGCGAUAAUACUGGUCACGGCGCACUGGGAGGAAGAGGUCGUUACCAUUUCAUCCGGAAAACACCACGAUCUAUACUACGAUUAUUACGGUUAUCCGCCCGAAGCCUAUGAAUACAGAUACGACGCACCCGGAUAUCCUGAAUUGGCCAAUGAGAUACACGAAAAACUAAAAGAAUCCGGUAUAAACUCCAAAUUGGAUGACGAACGAGGUUGGGACCAUGGACUCUUCGUUCCGAUGCGCUUAAUCAAUCCCGCCGCCGACAUUCCUAUAGUACAAGUGUCCGUCCUGAAGAAUCAAGAUCCCAGGAAGCAUUAUCAGUUAGGGGAAGCGCUACAGGUGUUCCGCGCGCAAGGCAUCGCCAUUAUCGGGUCCGGAAUGACUUAUCACGAUUUUAUAAAGAUCAAAUCGCAUUGCUACCAGGACCAAGUCGUAAACAAGGAGUUUGAUUAUUAUCUGAAUACUGUAUGCACUGCUGGAGAGGAGAGUGCGAGACGGGAGGGCUUGAUAGCUUGGAAACAGCAGCCUGGAGCGAUAGAUGCGCAUCCUGAGGGAGCCGCCGAGCAUCUGAUGCCUCUGAUCGUGGUGGCCGGCGCCGGAGGGCCAGCCGUGCGAUUCUCUAAAAUUCAAACAAGAACUCGCAUCUCACUACGAAAUUCUCCAUCACUUCGCAUUCGCAAUGGAAUGACCUUGAUUUGGCAUUCUGUAAACACUAAUCUUAAUUACCCUGCCUCGAGCGAAGUGAAGUGACAACGAAGUUUGUUUACAAUACUACUAGGGAUAGCCGUAUACACGCAAAUGUAAAUCGAAGCUUACCGGUUUCAGUUUUUCUUUGUAUUUAGAAGCAUUCUGUAAGAAAAUACUAUGAAUUUAAGCUUUGGUGUCUAAACCACAUCUAGUAUAUCUAAAAAGAAAAUUAAAAGUCAUAUAUUUAUGAAAUUAAUUGUAAUUUCUGGCUGUACGCUAAGUUCCUUUGCGUGCGCUGGCGAAUACCAGAAUUAAAAAACAAAAUUUUAAUUGUUUUCAAAACAAUUUCGAGCGGUCGGAAGUUUUUAUUUUGCUUUUUCUAGAUUUGUUGUUACUUUGUGAGUGAAUUUAACGUUAAAUAAAAAUUAUGAGAUUUAAAGAGUGUUCUUCUCAUCCGACAUUGGCGCAAAUAGAGGCAUUGAUAAACGUUUUGGGUUAAAAGCUAGCGAAACAAAAGGAUUAAUCGAAUCUCAAAUGUUCAAUAAGAGAACAAGGAUAUUAAAAAAAUAUAGGAACUAAAUUCUCUUGUCAGUUAAGAUCCAUUCCCGGAACUACAACAGAUUGAAAAUACUAAUCCACAUCAUCAGAAUAUUGUAAGGAGAAUUUAUAGCCAACUCGGAAAAUGUAUCAGUAUUGGAACAAUCGCAAACAUACAGCAUUGCAUCAAGAAUCACCUAUUUUGCAGUCAUCAUCCUCUAACUAAAUGCAAGUAACUUCUACUUAUUGUGAUGCUACUACUAGUAGCUCCAGCCACAGUAGGUCUCACAUGUUAGUCAAGAGAUUGGGUUGAUAUGUGUUUAUUCAGGUCAAAGUACCUAUUCAUUGAACCACCAUAUUAGGGACAUUGAUUUGUGUAUAAUGCUGUUACUUGUAAAUAAAAACAUUUUGUUGCAUGUAUUGUAAACAUUGUAUUUUACCUAACCUUGUUUUUAAAUAAUUUUUUUUUUUUUUUUCAGCACCUCAACACCUGACCUGCUAUGUCACCACUUUUACAAUGAAAAGCAGAGUGUACUCAAAUUACUGAGAGAAUUUUGUGGAUAGAGGAACUGCAGGUGAAGAUUCAGGGUGUUCAUAUGUGUGUUGUCCAAAGCAUUUUUGAACACAGUACCAUAUAUAACUUAAUGAAACUUACAACCAUGGGGGAAUGAAUAGUCGACAAUCUGCAAGAAGGAUGAACUGUUGGUGGAAUUAGCAUAUGCAGCUAGCAAUUUUAAACCUGGAUUCCACAUAAGUUACUGAUGCAAACAAAUUUCAAAAUUAUUGUAUAUAACUAUUGAAUAAAACUAUUUUUAUAAAUCAUUAA